AGAAAGGGGGAAAAGAGGCAAGGAAGGUGUCAAAUGACCGUAGGGUCUCUAUGGUGACAGCGUGGCGGAGGAAGACCUCAACUCCCCCGACCGCACUCCACCCCGCAGCUUUUCUUACCAAAUGGGAAAAGGGAAACCGAGGGUGUACAUGAGGGGACACGACUGUUUCCCUAGAGACAGUUAUGGAGCCCUCGACUUUUUUCCUCCCUCUUCAAGACGGUUUGGGGCCCCUUGGCUUUCCCGGUCAGUUCCUGGCGCCUGUUGUAGCCAAGCCUCCGGGCUCCCCGCACCCGGAGAGGAUGUCGGAACAGACGGGCUUGGUGGUGCCGCAGACCCUGGACAGGAGUUGCUGGGUGUGUUUUGCCACUGAUGAGGAUGAUAGGACAGCAGAAUGGGUGAGACCAUGCAGAUGCAGAGGCUCUACAAAAUGGGUUCACCAAACUUGUCUACAGCGCUGGGUGGAUGAAAAACAGAGAGGCAAUAGUACAGCACGUGUUGCCUGUCCUCAGUGUAAUGCAGAAUACUUAAUAGUAUUUCCAAAGCUAGGCCCAGUUGUUUAUGUCUUAGAUCUUGCAGAUCGUCUUAUCUCUAAAGCCUGUCCGUUUGCUGCAGCUGGAAUAAUGGUGGGCUCGAUCUACUGGACAGCUGUCACUUAUGGAGCUGUAACAGUCAUGCAGGUUGUAGGCCAUAAAGAGGGACUUGAUGUCAUGGAAAGAGCUGACCCAUUAUUUCUUUUAAUUGGACUUCCCACCAUUCCAGUUAUGCUUAUCUUGGGAAAGAUGAUUCGCUGGGAAGAUUAUGUGCUUAGAUUGUGGCGCAAAUACUCUAAUAAACUACAGAUACUCAACAGUAUAUUUCCAGGUAUUGGAUGUCCUGUUCCUCGUAUUCCAGCUGAGGCCAACCCUCUGGCAGAUCAUGUCUCUGCUACUCGUAUUCUAUGUGGAGCCCUUGUCUUUCCCACUAUUGCUACAAUCGUUGGCAAGCUGAUGUUCAGCAGUGUUAACUCAAAUCUUCAAAGAACAAUUUUGGGUGGAAUUGCUUUUGUUGCUAUAAAAGGAGCUUUCAAGGUCUACUUCAAACAGCAGCAAUAUUUGCGACAAGCUCAUCGGAAAAUUCUAAACUACCCUGAGCAAGAAGUUGCUUAAAUAGCUUGUGGAUGCUGGACUCCUACAAUCUCAUAUACUAUAUUCAGUGGCAUUGUACCAGUUCUGUUAUUUGGCUGCAGGUGCAGAGGCGGGAGGAUAUAUGCUGCUGAAUGUUGUGUUGUUUUUUCCUACUUAUAUGAAUAAAGGACUUUACUAUGCCAGGGCAAAUCCUCCUUAAUAGUUGAGCCUAAGAAUGUGAUUUAUUUUCAUUGAUGCAUUUUGUUUCUGGCACGAGACAUCCAGAUCAUUUUCCUAUGGGCAAAAGUUCCCUUUUUUAAAACAAAAGCCAAACUACUGUAAAGUUAAUAAUUUGUGUGCAGACUGUAUUAAAAUAUCCUUUUGUAUGCUUAUUGCAGCAAAUGCACAGUACUUUAUUACAUGAGCCAAUAUAACAGACUUUAAAGAAAUAUUUGCCAAGUAGAACUCUGUAAUGUGUUCAAGUAAGGGUUCCCUUAUUCACAGUUGAAGCUAAACGAUGCAUGAAACUCAAGACCUAAAAUUCAUAUUCAUGAUAACAAAAAUGAACUCAUUUUCUUACUGGUUCAUAUAACCCAUGAGAACAAUGCAGAUUUCUAGAACAUUUUUUUUUAGAAAUACGAACAUGCCUGGUUUUGAGAAGCAUUUGGAACACCAGUAAAUUUGUUUUUUAUUUAUUGUUUCUCAUAUUGCUUUCUUUUCACUUUCUGGUUGUAUUGCAAGUUUUAAUGUAUAUUGUUGAUUCUGUUUGCCGCCUGUAAAAUUGGAAAACUGAAUUACACACUCUGGGUGUAAUAAGUUGCAAUAUUAGAGCUGCUGCUUAGUGCCAGUGUGUUGCAGAAUGACAACCAAGUUUUGGAAUUAUUGUUAGUGUAAGCAGUACUGGUACCAUGCAGUUGUCUGGAAAAGAAAAUCUAAAUGUUUCCAUAAAGAUAUUAAGACUUGAUUUGGAAAAUAAGUUCUACUCUAACACAAAUUAUUUUUAAAUUCUAAGUUUAUGGCAUGUUGGAUACUUACACUAUCUCUGUGUUGGCAUCUAAUUCCUAAGUGUCAUAAAAACCAUGGUGUGGAAUGUGCUUAGAGAUUCCCUUCUGCUGAUCUUUGUUUAGAGCAGGGAUCGGGAAAUAUGUGGCCCUCCUCAUGUUUUGAACAGCAGGCUGUCAGCCUUGGGAUGUAUACCCGUAAUGAAGGCUAAUGGAAGUUACAGUCCAAGAAUUGUCUCUAGAAAGAAGGGUGUACCUUCCUCGGCCAUGCUCCUAAAUGAAAUGUUAGCAAAAUGGAACCUCGGAGCAAUACAUAGGAUGCAUGCAGAAGUCUCAUUGCCGUCAGUGAGACUAAAGUCCCAGUAUAUAUUAGGAUUGAAGGUAUAAGGCAGGAACUUUCAGUUUGCACUUUUUCUUGGUGAUAGAAAUCAGUGUAUCAAUGUUUGAUGUUAUCUUAAUGAGCAAAACUGUACCUGCGUAAUAAACAAUAGCCAUUCUGAGUGGUAUUUGUUUUGGCAGGAUUAAAGAUCCUGUGAGUGUCUUGUUCAAAUUAUGUUUAAAAUCAAACAGUAUAUUUAAUGCAAGGAGGAAAAAUAACCGUUCUUUCAAAGAAAUGGACAGUGUCCUGUUCCUUAGCAGCUCUGUUCUUACUGCUAAUUGAAGAGUUCCUGCUUCAGUUUUUGCACACUGAGACUAAGUCACACACAAUCCAAAACUGAUGCAAGGACUCAUUAAUUAGCAGCAGUUGGCUGGUGAUGUCCCUCCUGCUGUGCUGGCAGAGCAAUGGAUCAGGAUACUGGUCACUGUUAAAUAGCUGUCAAUCAGAAAUUAAGCCAAUGAAUUUGGAGUAUGUGUGCUUAAAGAGACAUAACCUUCCAUGGGAAGCAUUACUUCAAGAAAUGAAAUACAAUAUUUUGGAAGUGUAUAGAAGUGUACAUAAUGACUAACUACUGUUCUAAUGUUGAUUUACAUGGAGAAAUCUGAGAUAAAAAUGUUUGUUUUCUGUUUUAAGUACUGAAAAUGAUGGUUUAAGUCAAUUAGAUUCUUUAUUUUUUUAUACACACGUACAGAGCAGUAUCCUGCAAAAUGCUGGCUUUCUUUAAGAUAGGUUUUCAGUGCUCCAGAAGAUUUAUUUCAGGAAUCCUCAUUACAAGAAGUUGACUAGGGAGUUUUCAUUGUAUCUACACCAGCCCUUUGUUACCUGCUGGGUUUCAGCCUCUCUUGCACACAAAUAGAUGCUAACAGUGCAAUGGGUGGUUUGGAUUUGUUCUUAUAUAGUGAAAUUGUUAUUGUAUAUGUUAUCACUACAGAUAUACUGUGAAGAAUGUGAAUUUUUUAAAAUUCAGUAGUAAAACAUGACCUUGGUUAUUGUGCUGUUAAUGUUUUUAGUAGAGCAGUUUAUGGUCACAUAUUGGAUUAGACUGAAUAAAUUUGGUUUUUUACAUUCUUUAGGUGAAUGGUAUCUGAACAAAUAUAAAAUGUAGAAAAAGAGGGUGGGCUUUAAUUUUAUUUUUUCUGUGUUAAACUCAAAUAUUUAUAAUUAUAGCUGGAUUAUUUUCUUAGCAGACAUAAUUUUACUAACGCACAGAAUAUUUCGUAAUAAGCAUCUUCAUUCUGCUCUAGAUUUAUUUAUUCAAAAUUAUUAAAUCUCUAAAUCUGGCCAUUUUUUCUUGUCAUUGCAUAUUCUUAGAACAUGUCAGUAUUUUUCUUAAUUUUUGAAAUCAUUGUUGAAACCUGUUUCUUUCCUACCCUGUUUAUGACCCAUUGUGUACAUUACAUCUCAGUUUGAAUGUGUGUUUUAAUAUUCUGUUCCUAUGUGCAUUAUCCCAUCCAUUUGAAUGGAGGAAGCCAUUCGGUGAAUACAUGUGCAAUAAGACGUCCAAUUUUUUUAACAGCUCUGUUCAUUUUACUUGUGCAGUAUAAUCUGUCUGUGUGCACAAGGAACUGGUAUGUUGAGCAGCUCCCUUUUAUGUUGCAACUGCUGAACUUUUGGCAGUCUUGAUUUUCAGUUAUUUAGAUUGUCAUUAUUCAUCCUUAAUCUAAUCAAGCCUUGAGAAGAUGAGGUCAUAAUCUCCAUUCUGACAGGAAGCUCAAUGAAUGAUAUUAAACUAGUUACUGUCUCUCAGACCAUGUGACAGAGAUGUUGUGAAGAAGAAUGGGGAGAGAAUAUCAUCUUGAGCUCCUUGGAGGAAAAGUGGGUUAAAUCAGAUGAAUAAACUUCUAAAACUCCA